AUGGCAGAACUCGCUCCCCCAGAACCAGAACCCCGCCUCUCCACCUCCUCAACAUCAUCCGCCCACUCCCUCGACCUCCCCUCCCUCCAGCCCCUCUCACAUACCCACCCCCUCCUCUCUGCCCCGGACUUUGACCCCGACGCUUUCCUUCUCUCUCGCAUCCACAUCCCACUGGAAGAACUCAGAGGAGAGCUGAGAGAGUAUCUGGGACAACUGCGAGAAGAGCUGGUGCAAUUGAUUAAUGAGGACUAUGAAGAGUUCUUGAGUCUAGGGACGGGGUUGCGAGGCGAGGAGGAGAGGCUGCGGAUGUUGUCUGGUCCGCUUCUGAGUGUGAGGAGUGAAGUAGAGUCUGUCCGAGAUGUGCUGGCAGAGCACCAGCAGAAAGUCCAGAGCAAGCUCGAUGAGCGUGCCAGCUUGAGAUCGGAGAAAGCCCUGCUUGACCUGUUACAACGGCUAUUCGAUACUCUGUCUCGAGCAGAAGCACUGCUGGAUCAACCACACCAUGACGAGGAAGGGAAGGGCAAGCUCGUUGGUAGGGUAGCCAGCGAGUAUACGCAAGUCGUAUACCUCCUGAACAAGGCCAAGGCGGAGGGCUGUGCAAUCGUGGAUGUCGUGCAGGAGAGAAUCAGCAAGAUCAAGAAGAGAAUAUCAGACGACCUCUCCACUGUGCUCGUCACUGAGCUACAAAAUCAAGAUAAAGCUGGCCUGAAGCAUUGUCUGCGCAUCUAUGAACUGAUAGAGGGGUGGGAAGAGGCAGAGGAAGUCAUCAGGAAGGACUUUCAGGUGUACUGCCGCGACGCGAUAUCAACCCAAGCCCUCAAUCCUCCAACAACUCCAACAGUUCCCCUCACUCCCCAUCCACUACAAAACUCCCUCACCUCCCUUCGCCUGCCUCCCAAAUUCUCAUCUCCCCUUGCUCUGCUAUACAACCAGCUCCUUACGCGCGUGGCGAUCUAUCAGCCGUUGAUGGACGUCGGGGAGGAGGUGUCGAGCAAGUUUGACUUUUUCGCCAGGGUGAUCUGGCCAGAGAUUGGAGAGAGAAUUAUGGAGAAGCUGGGAGGCGUCAUCUUUGCUGCUGGGAGGCCAGAUGAACUGCAUCGACAUCUGACAACAACCUACAAAUUCCUCGAGCUCCUCGAGUCUAUCGCCCCUUCUCUACGCUCUGUGAAGACUAUGCGCCAAUCCCAAACAUACCUCACAUUCGAGCGCCGCUGGCAAUUGCCCGUCUAUUUUCAACUACGGUGGAAGGAGAUCGUAUCUGGCGUCGAGCAAGCGCUGACCGGGCAGCCUUCAUACACCAGCAAAGAGAAGGAGUCUGAGUGGGCUUUGGGACAGAGUGAAAAGGUCUGGAAGGGGGUGGAGAGCUGUUGGAGGGAGGAUAUCUAUGUGGCGGAGCUGGCGCCUAGAUUUUGGCGGCUGACUUUGCAGAUUGUGAGCCGUUAUGGCACCUACUUGAAGUCGACACUUGAUUCGUAUGUAAUCACAGAAGAGAACACGAGUCAGGAAGAUACGGCGCUGCGGUUCGCCGCCGCAGCCAUCAUCGACCUCGAGCAGAUCGGAGCCAGAGUCAGAGAACUGCAAGUCGUCAAAGAGCUCGACCUCGCUGACCAUCUCAAACCCUCGACAUCUCUCUACAUCUCCAAAAUUGAGAGCAUCCUCAUCCGCAGAUGCCUCGACCCCCUCAAAUUGAUCCGCUCCAUCGCCUCUCAAUUCCGCGCCUCCACUCCCAACCCAACCGCCCCGAGCCAAGCUUCAUACUAUGUACCAUCAGUAAUGAAGCCUCUCCGGGCAGUUUAUGGGCAAAGGCCAGAGUUGAAGGAGAGGCACAGCGAGGAGCUUGGGGGCAGGGUAGUCGAUGAGGUCUUGAAGAACUUUGCUUCCACGCUGGCGAGUGUGAAGAAGACGGAAGAUUUGCUCAGGAAACAUCGCAAGUCGAAAAAGACGACAGGCUUUUCGUCGUUUUUUGGGGGUGGUGCUGCGGCUGAAGAAGGGAAAGGAGAAGAAGGCGAGAAGGAGGAAGAGAGAUUUGCGGCGCAGAUGAAGGUUGAUAUCAAGGCUUUGAGGGAGGAUGCGGAAAGUCUAGGGGUGGAGGUGGAGGGUAUGGAAAGCUGGAAGGAGCUGGUUGGGGUCUGUGAGGGGACAGUGACUUAG